AUGACGUCAGAAUCACAAGUUUUUCUUCCUAUUCCAGAUGCAAUUAAACAUUUCUCCCAGAAUAAAUUUAUCAUUGUGAUGGAUGACGAAAGUCGUGAAAAUGAAGGUGACUUAAUUGCUGCUGCUGAAAAUAUGAGAACUGAAGACAUGGCUUUCUUAGUACGUUAUUCCUCCGGGUAUAUUUGUGCUCCAAUGACUAAUGACUAUGCAGACAGAUUAGAUUUACCCUUGAUGAGAAAUAAUCUGAAAUGUGCUUCUUACGAUGACGAGAGACAUGGUACAGCUUAUACUAUCACAGUGGACGUCGCUAAUGGCACAACCACAGGUAUUUCUGCACACGAUAGAGCAUUGACUUGCAGAGAACUUGCAAAUCCUGCUUCUGGUCCUAAGGAUUUCUUGAAACCUGGCCAUAUCUGCCCAUUGAGAGCCGCUGAUGGCGGUGUAAUGACAAGAAGAGGUCAUACUGAAGCCUCUGUUGAUUUCUGCAAGUUAGCUGGUUUGAAGCCUGUUGCUGCUAUCGGUGAAUUAGUCAAAGAUAACGAUGGAUCCAUGAUGAGAUUAAAUGACUGUGUAGAAUUUGGUAAAAAACACAAUAUCCCAUUAGUUAACAUGCAAGAAUUAGUUUCAUUCUUAAAAGAUGAAAACAUAACUUUAUGA